GUACUAAUUUGAGUCCGGAAAAUUGUAAUUUACGGUAUCCUUGUACUUUACAGUACUCUUAAAUUCUCCCAAUCCCGUUUGAAAUAUUUUUAUUUCCAAAAAUUCAAUAUUUUUUUAAAUAGUAAAAUUGUAAAAUAUGACAUUUUAUAUUUUAAUAUAAUUUUGCUUUUUAUUUAAACCGAAAACAGUACAAAAAACAUAUUACGAUAUACGGCCGUGAUUAGAUAUUAUUAACUCUGCUCCUUCGUGGCCUCGUCCAUAAACAUCUAUCUCGUACCGUACUAAAUCACUUCCCGGGCUUAUAACGUAAAUAACUAUUAUAACAAUAUUAAAAUAAGCAACACUGUAAAAUAAAGAAAAUGAGAGAACUCUGUAUGGGCCGUACAUCAAGAUAUAAUAUAGGUCUACUUACUGGUGAAAGAAAAUACCUUCAGGUUUGAACUUUUUAACGUUUUUACACUUUUUCAUCUCUCACUACAUCGUUCUCAUUAAUAAAACCGAACACGACGACUACAGUGUUCAAUAACUGACACUUAUAAACUAAAACUACGUUAUAUGUUACCAAAACUACGAAAACACAAGCACGUUGCAUUAGAAAAUAAUAAUUAACACCAAAUUUGCUGUAACAACAAACACAAUAGCAUUGUUGACGUAUAAUCACCAUUUCAACGUAAAGUUAUCAUUCUUAAAUAAUGGUAUUAUUUAUUAUAGCACUAUUUUAUGACAACAAUGUCAAUGUGUUUUAACAUAAUUUUUGUGAGAAUCUGAACAUUUUAACACUUACGCGCCAUAAUUUCAUAACAGACACUUGACAACUCAAACAACUGUCGAUCAAAAUCGAUGCUCCACGGUGUCCAUCGAAAUUAGGAUGCGCAGUCGUCGAGUUUAUUCUCCUUUCUCUAACUCUGAUUUAUAUUAUUAUUUAUUUGUGCAAAAAUUCAGUGGUAUUUGUGUGUUUUGAACUGUUUUGUAUAUUCAUUGUCCUCAUGGUUAACGAUACAACUAGAGAAUUAAAUAAACCAUGCAAGGAAGGAAAAACCAAGAAAAUUGCAAAAAAACUCAUAGAGAGAUAGAAUGUUAAAAAAGUUCCUGUUUAUAGAAAAAGGAAGAAGGCUCUCGUUUUGUUAAGCAUUACGGUUGAGGCACAAAUUUGGUCAAAAAUACGCUUGAGGAAACGACUUCAAGAACAAAUUAUGAAUAUAAAAACUGCUAUUAAUUUAAAGAAUAGUAUUUCAGAGAGAAUCAAGCGCUUCAGGGAGAGAAAUACGCAGUCUGUGUGUUAUGAUAUUGUGGGAUGUUUCAAACUCCCCCAUAAAAAUUCUCCUUUACAAAAACAUCCAGAAGAUCCUAAAAUGCUUGAUACGAAAUUUUAUUUAUUCACUAGAUCAACUGAUUUAGCAAAACCAGAAAUUUUAUUUUACGACGAUGGGGGUGAAUCAUUGAAAAGAUCUUCGUUUAAUUUAUCUAAUCCUUUGAAAGUUAUCGUGCACGGGUACGUGAGUAAAUGGAACGAGAAAGGAUCAUUGAUUAUUAUGAAAUCCUAUUUGAAAAUGUUUGAUUAUAAUGUGAUAUUGAUGGAUUGGCAUAUCGGAGCAAGGGGACCUCAGUAUCCAGUGGCAGCAGCAAAUACCGAAGUAGUAGGACGACAAUUGGGUAUUCUAUUAACUAAUAUGGUAAAAAAUGGUUUGGAACCAAGGAAAAUUCAUUUAAUUGGAUUUUCAUUGGGGGCGCACGUUUGUGGUACUGCAUCGGAGAGUUUGAAGAAUGAGGGUCACCUAAUUGGUCGUAUUACCGGUCUUGAUCCAGCUAGUCCCCUUUUUAGGAACAAUUAUUUAAGAGAAAAGUACAAAAAAUUAGAUAGGAGUGACGCUGAAUUUGUUGAUGUCGUUCAUACCGAUUCGAGUCCUUAUUUGACUGACGGGUUUGGAUUAUGGGAUCCAAUAGGGCAUGUCGAUUUUUUUCCUAAUGGCGGACAAGAUCAGCCGGGAUGUAAUGACGUCAAAGAUUCUAUUGUCGUUUCUCAUUUUGAAAGAGGACUUUCUUCGGAAUUAGUAUGUAGUCACAUAAGGGCUUUCCAUCUAUUUAGAGAAUCUAUUGAAAACAUGGUAGAGAGAAAAAAGGGAAAUACGAAUAUCUGCGAAAUGACAGCUUACUAUUGCCCCAGAGGAAGAAUAUCCUUCGAAGAAGGGAGUUGUUUUCCGCAAAUAUCUCACGAUAGAAAUUCUACAACUUUAGAUCCAUCGUAUAGAACCGAUAUAGGUAAUAUCGGUGAAGAGGCAAAAGGAGAAGGAGUUAUGUUCUUGUCUACUAGAAGUGAGAGUCAAUAUUGCGGAACUCAACUUCAAGCCCAAAUAGAGUUAUCUAAUAAAAAUGAAGUAUUAAAAGGUAUACUCCAAUUACAGCUCAAUUAUGAAAACAAUUCCGUGGUAUUUCAAUUCAAUUGCGAAUACAAAACGACAGAUAUUUAUGAAAAAAUCAUAUAUGGCCUUGGUGUAGCGGAACAUAAUACUCUAAAUAAAAAUGUAAACGAAAUUAUGGCUAGAUUCAGUUAUUUAAAUUUGGAAGAAUAUGAAAUGUCGAAUAAUGAUACUAAAAAUGUGCCAAAAAUAUUUUUUAAUAAUGUUAUAGUACGGGACAUGUACGGUAACAGUUGGGAAUACCAACAUCCAAAUACGAAAAUACAAGACGUACAUGGGCAAAUAUAUGGAUUAUUAUCAGUUAUCAUGAAAAGAAAAACGUAACAAUAUGUGCGGUUGAUGAUUUUUUUAUAAAAAUCAACGUUUGAAAUGAAUUAUUUCUAUAACGAUUGUAUAUUUUCUAUCAAUAUUCGUAAUUUUACUUUUUAAUCAUUUAUGAUUGAUUGAAUUGUUAUUUAUGUUUAUAUUCCGAAAUAUACACCUGUUAACUUUA